ACCUGUGAGCUGCUGACUCGGAUGGAUAGUAACGUACGACUCUUAGUAGGCCCAACUCUGAGCUAAUAAUGGAUCCGAAUGCGAUCAUAUAAUGGGCCUUAGGCCCAGUAAUGAAACAAGUGGCUGAGAUGGUGGAAGCGGAGAAGAUGAAGUUAAGCGUUUAACAAUAACAAUGGUGGAGUAUCGAUAGUUCGACGACGACGAUGGCGAAGUUUGUCUCUGUAUCGUCUCCUCAGUUUCGUUUCAGCUUCCGUGAGCUUCCUCCUUCAUCGUCAACUCUUUAUCCGAGACGCUUUGAGGUCUCUGACCGGAGAUUUUCGAUCAAAUGUUCGUCAUCUGAUCCGGAGGAUGGUGUAGAUUCGGCUCAGUCGUUGUCUUCGUCCUCGUCGUCGUCGUCGACAAGUGAAGUACCUAUUGACACUUGGACAUACAACUGGUUCACCGUACUCGGCGGUAUCGGGAUGUUAGACACCGCGUACUUGACUUACCUCAAGCUCACUGGCUCCGAUGCCUUUUGCCCUGUCGGUGGUGGUACUUGCGGCGAUGUCUUGAACAGUGAUUACGCCCUUGUUUUUGGUGUUCCUCUGCCACUGAGAUUUGUUAUGUAUGGCUUAGUAACGGCUCUAAGUGCACAGCUUGGGGAUGAGGAAGGCAAUCUACCCUUUGGAGUCAGUAAGACUAAUGGGCGUUUUGCGUUGUUUGCAGCCACGACUACAAUGGCAUCUGCUAGUGCAUAUUUCCUGUAUAUCCUUAGCACAAAACUUUCGGGAUCAUCGUGCAUGUACUGUCUCGUGUCUGCUUUCCUAUCGUUCAGUCUAUUUUUCCUCUCUUUAAAGGAUGUGAAGUUGCAAGAGAUACAGCAAGUUGUGGGAUUGCAGAUAUGCUUGGGAAUCAUAGUAGUCGCCUCCUUAACUGCUUCCUAUAGUACUGCUCAAGCAAUCCCUUCACGCUCAGGUGACAUUGAAUUGCCAUACUAUUCAACAGAGAUCACUACAUCAUCGAGCCCUUAUGCUGUUGCUCUAGCAAAACAUCUAAACUCCAUCGGAGCCAAAAUGUAUGGAGCAUUCUGGUGUUCUCACUGCCUAGAGCAAAAAGAGAUGUUUGGAAGAGAAGCAGCAAAGUUACUGGCUACGUGGAGCUACGUGGAGUGUUUUCCCGAAGGCUAUAAGAAAGGAGUUAAGAUAUUUAAGGCAUGUUCAGAUGCUAGGAUCGAAGGAUUCCCGACAUGGAUCUAGAUAAAUGCUCAGGUCUUAAGCGGAGAAAUAGAAUUGGCUGAGCUAGCGGAGAUGUCUGGAUUCACCCUUGAUCAGGCAAAUGAGGCGAAUCUACUUAAGUAAAUUUUGUAGGUGAAUCUGUGAAUGCUCUUUAGUUGAUCCUGAUAGUUGUUAUAUGGCGUUCUAUGUAAAUGCAAGUGAUUAAAGUUCUUAUUAUUGCAAUAGGAAGUUAGAACUCCAUAAUAAU